GUGGAAGUGUGAUUCUCAGAGAACUCCAGGACCCUGGAUUCUGCACACCCAGAGGAGAGACUCCUUUGAGCUUCUUAGCCUCAAAGGAGGCAGCCAGGGAGGCUGGGGUUCAGCCAAUAGCAGUGCAGGCCGCAGCUCCUCCUCCACCUCUCCCACCUCCUCCUCCCUCCCACCCCACACACCCAGGCGGCCUAGCAGGCUCUGGCCCAGGAAUGUGCUUCCUGAGACAUCUUCCUCAGUUCUGACAUGACUUCCUGAGGCUUGGUGAAUUCCACAUCGGCUGCCACGAGCGGGUUCCAGGACAGCGCUGAGGAGCAGCAACUCAGGUCACCGUGAAGGAAUAGUGUAUUGACUCUGGCAGCUUCUAUCAAACAACCAAUCCAUGCCGGCUGCCCCCAUCACCCUGCUUUGCAGUUGUAAGCACACAGGGAUGGGAUCUCAGGAGGGCUGUGACCUUCCACCUGGACCAGAGCACGGAGGAUAUCAUGACCCCUUAAAGCACAGGCUCCCUGAGGUCCCCAAGUGCACAUCAGUGGCAACCAACGCUUGGGUCCACCAUGAACUGGGGGAUCUUUGAGGCGCUCCUCAGUGGGGUCAACAAGUACUCCACAGCCUUUGGGCGCAUUUGGCUGUCUCUGGUUUUCAUCUUCCGCGUGCUGGUAUAUGUGGUGACAGCUGAGCGUGUGUGGAGCGACGACCACAAGGACUUUGACUGCAAUACCCAUCAGCCGGGCUGCUCCAAUGUCUGCUUUGAUCAGUUCUUCCCCGUGUCCCAUGUGCGCCUCUGGGCGCUGCAGCUCAUCCUGGUCACGUGCCCCUCUCUGCUGGUGGUCAUGCAUGUGGCCUACCGCAAGGCUCAGGAGAAGAAGCACCGAGAGGCAGUUGGGGAGGAUGGCGGGCGCCUCUACCUGGACCCUGGCAAGAAGCGGGGCGGGCUCUGGUGGACGUACGUCUGCAGCCUGGUCUUUAAGGCUGGUAUAGAUGUCACCUUCCUCUAUGUGUUCCACUCCUUCUACCCUAGGUACACCCUCCCUCCUGUGGUCAAGUGCCACAUAGCUCCCUGUCCCAACACAGUGGACUGCUUCAUCUCCAAGCCCUCGGAAAAGAACAUCUUCACUCUCUUUAUGGUGAUCACUGCUGUCAUCUGCAUCCUACUCAACCUUGUAGAACUGUCCUACCUAGUGAGCAAGCGGUGUCGGGAGUACUUGGCAGCAAGGAAAGUGCAGGCCACGCCCGUGGGGCAUUACCCAGACUGUGUCACUGCUUCCUGCAAACAGAAGGACCUCCUCUCAGGUGACCUCAUCUUUCUGGGUCCUGACACUCACUCGCCGCUUGUGCCUGACUGCCCCCAAGACUAUGUGAAGAAAACUGUGGUUUGAGGGGUUGCCUGGCUGGACCCAGGAGGGUGGGCCUGACCUGAGAGAUCUGGCUUCUCUCACAGUCUCAAAGCUGAGGAGCAGGGUAAUGAGUUGGAGGCAGGCACGGGAGGACUCGGAUGGCAGUGGGUCCAGUCCCUAUUCCUCAGCUCCAAGUCCUAGCACAAGCUCUGGCAACCUGGACAAAUGAUCCCACUGCCCUGUGCCUCAGUUUCCUCUGCUAUAAAGUGCCAACACAGAGCACCACUACAUGAGGUGGUAGCAAGGAGAAGUUUAAUCAGAGAACAGGUGGGCAAGUACCUUCAAUGUGAGGUGCACAGUCAGGGCUUAAUAAAGGUCAUUGCAUUCACUGA